GAGAAGGCGUCUAAUCAACAAAUGAUUCCGAAAAAGUACGAGCCACUGAAGAUCAAACAAAACCAGCGAAACGCAAAAGUACAAAAGCAGAGGUGGUCGAAGUCGUCGACGAUGGGGACGGGCCGAGGCUGAAAAGUCUGUGAUCGUAUUAAAUAUCGUAACUUGGGGCUAUUUGGAUCAUGGAAACUCGCCUCUGUCAGAACCAUUUACAGUCUCGCUCCAAAAUUUUGCAGUUAGCUCUGUUUUCUUCCUCCCACUGACCCGUCUGCGUACUCUUUAUCUGGCAACAUCGUUUUGAGGGAAGAUGGUGGAGAAUGGUUUUGAUGAUGAUAACAACGGAACUUCUAAGAGUUCUGAGAAUAAGGUUGAUCCUGGGAAGCCUGCAACUCUUACGUGGCAGAGAAAACUGAACAGUGAGCUGGUGUCCCUCAAACAGUUUCGUCUGACACUUAACGAGAUAGUUCAGCUGGCUCCGAUAGGUGUUCGACUAAUACGUUAUGUCCGUGAAGAAUCUGCAAAAGGACGGGGGGGCUUUUUCAUCCAUCCAUUUGCUAAACGCCAUUUGACAACUAGUCAUGGCGUUCCCCUAGGCGGUAUAGGCUCGGGAAGCAUUGGCAGAAGUUUCCGGGGUGAGUUCCAGCGGUGGCAACUAUCUCCUGGAAGGUGUGAAGAAGCACCUGUUUUGGCAAAUCAGUUUUCUGCUUUUGUAUCUCGUUCCAAUGGCCAUAAGUACUCCAGUGUAUUGUGUCCAAGGACUCCUGACAUGCUAAUAGAUCCUGCAGCUUCUGGGAUUGGGUCAUGGGACUGGAAUCUGAAGGGUGAUAAGUCUACAUAUCAUGCCUUGUACCCAAGGGCAUGGACGACAUAUGAGGGUGAACCUGAUCCAGAACUUAAAAUAGUUUGUCGUCAGUUCUCUCCCAUCAUUCCUCAUAAUUACAAGGAGAGUAGCUAUCCGGUUGCGAUUUUCACUUUCACGCUCGAUAAUUCGGGGCAAACCGCUGCUGAUGUCUCUCUGCUUUUUACAUGGGCGAACUCUGCGGGAGGUGAUUCUGGAUCUUCUGGACAACACGUAAAUUCCACUGUAACGAAGGAGGACGGUGUACAUUGUGUACUUCUACACCACAGGACAGCAAGCAACUUAUCUCCAUUGACCUUUGCCAUUGCUGCUCAAGAGAGCACGGAUGUCCACAUUUCAGAGUGCCCUUGCUUUGUGAUAACCGGUGACUCCGAAGGUGUAUCUGCAAAGGACAUGUGGGAUGAAAUUAAAGAGCAUGGAUCAUUCGAUAACCUUAAGUCUGCUGGAGGCUAUAGGCCUUCAGAACUGGGAUCAUCUAUUGGGGCAGCCAUCGCAGCCACUGUAACAGUUCCACCUAAUCAAGUUCGUACUGUUACUUUCACAUUGGCGUGGGAUUGCCCUGAAGCGAAUUUCUUGGGGGGAAGGACGUAUCACAGGUAGGUUGUUUGAAUUCUUGUAGUUGAAGUAACGGAAAACCCAUCUGAUGAUGUCGACUAUGUUCCACAGACGUUACACAAAGUUUUUUGGUACUCAUGGGAAUGCUGCUGCUAAUAUUGCACAUGAUGCCAUCCUAAAGCAUAGUCAUUGGGAGUCCCAAAUAGAAGACUGGCAAAGACCAAUUCUUGAAGAUAAAUCAUACCCCGAAUGGUACCCUAUUACUCUUUUUAAUGAACUAUAUUAUCUUAAUGCUGGGAGCACAGUGUGGACAGAUGGAUCACCUCCAGUCCAUACUUUAGAAGCCCUUGGGAUUCGGAAGUUCUCACUUGAUAGUACAGGAGACGGUUUGAAGAGCCUUGUCGAAAAAGAAACCAAUGAAAAAAGUGUUACAGCUGCUUCUAUUCUCGAGAGUGUGGCUUCAAAACUACACCAGAUUCAGACUCCACUUGCAUCUAACUCUGCCUUUGGAACCAAUUUGCUACAAGAGGGAGAAGAGAACAUUGGUCAAUUUCUAUAUCUCGAAGGGCUAGAAUAUCCCAUGUGGAAUACAUACGAUGUUCAUUUCUACUCAUCUUUCGCACUAAUAAUGUUGUUCCCCAAAAUUCAACUGAGUGUCCAGAGGGACUUCGCUGCAGCAAUUCUGAUGCAUGAUCCCACCAAAAUGCCGCUCCUUCAUGAUGGCCAGUGGGCUUCGAGAAAGGCUCUUGGUGCAGUACCUCAUGAUAUUGGGCUCCAUGAUCCAUGGUUUGAAGUAAACGCGUAUUGCCUUUAUGACACGGAUACAUGGAAAGACUUGAACCCCAAGUUCGUGCUCCAGGUUUACAGGGAUGUGGUUGCCACGGGUGACAAGAAGUUUGCACAAGCUGUUUGGCCCUCGGUUUAUAUUGCCAUGGCGUUCAUGGACCAAUAUGAUAAAGAUCGAGAUGGGAUGAUUGAGAAUGACGGGUUCCCUGAUCAGACAUACGAUACUUGGUCGGUGUCUGGUGUUAGUGCUUAUAGUGGUGGGCUGUGGGUUGCAGCACUGCAGGCUGCAUCAGCAUUGGCUCGUGAAGUAGGUGACAAGGGUUCCGAAAAGUAUUUCUGGUUUAAGUUCCAGAAGGCGAAGUCUGUGUAUGAGAAGCUGUGGAAUGGGUCUUACUUCGAUUAUGACAACAGUGGUGGUAGGAAUAGUAAAUCCAUUCAAGCCGAUCAACUAGCCGGGCACUGGUAUGCUCGAGCAUGUGGCCUUGAUCCAAUAGUUGACAAAGACAAGGCACAAAGUGCAUUAGAAACAGUUUACAACUUCAAUGUCAUGAAGGUGAAGGACGGGAAACGUGGGGCUGUGAAUGGAAUGUUGCCUGAUGGGAAAGUUGACAUGUCGACGAUGCAGUCGAGAGAGAUAUGGUCUGGUGUUACGUAUGCGGUUGCUGCAACAAUGAUCCAAGAGGGGAUGGUGGAUAUGGGAUUCCAGACAGCCAGUGGAGUUUAUGAGGCUUCAUGGUCUGAGAGAGGACUCGGUUAUGGGUUUCAAACUCCAGAAGCUUGGAACACCGACGAUCAGUAUCGAUCACUAUGCUACAUGAGGCCAUUGGCCAUUUGGGCAAUGCAGUGGGCACUUACGAGACCGAAACUUAACCCGGUGGAGACGAGAGCACCUGUUAAUAUGCAAGACUUCCCAUUUGCAGAGGAUGCUGGCUUUGCCAAGGUGGCUCGUUUUCUCAAGUUGCCUGACUCGCAUCAACCCAAAAGCCUUUUCCAGACUGUGUAUGAUUAUGCUUCCAAGAAGAUGGGAUACUGAUUUGGAAGCAGUACAGAAACUGUUUCUUUUUUUUUUAUGCGAGGCUUUUCAUAGUGUUAACAGUAAGAACUUCUGCUUUCAUAUUCCUGAUGUCCCAGUUCAUUAAUUAAAGCUUCAAGAAAGUAACAUUCUUCUUCUUUGGAAAAUUCUCAAACCAAGGUCAACGUUCGGUUCAGCCGUGGUCAACACGAAAUUUCAGUUUGGUUGGGCCGCACGAUUAACUGAAUCCAUCCUAUGGGC